UUGAGCAAGUGAGUUGUACCAGCGUCUUUCUUGUUAAUAAAAAGUUAUAAUUCUUUUUCUCUAGUGAUAAAUUUUAUCCGUGAAUUAUUAAUAAUAAAAUUGCAUUAGAUAAAUGCAUCAUGUUCGCAGUUGGUUAAUUGUUUUCUAGCCUGUGGAUUUUGUGUUCCGGCAAAUGUUUUCCACGUUCAUAUGUAUUGCCAUCGUAUGCUUUUCCUUGAAGGGGUUCUCAAAACGGGAGUGGUGAUUCCUACGCAGAACCGGAUUGCUGAUGAAUUCAAAGAGAAUGAAGAUUGCUUGUUGGAGGAAGUGUAGCUAAUUUAGUAAACCUGGCACGUGGGAAAUCGGGCUAUAAGCCUGGAUCAUCAUCCUCCUCUUCCUCCUCAUCUACGGAGAGGCUACAAAGGAUGCCAGGCCCAAUGCCCGAGAAACCUCGUGUCCAUACUCACAAGAUGUUGGGGUGCAAUCGAACAGACGAUUUUAAUACACCAGUUAGUUCCGGUAGCAAUAUGGGUAGCAUUGCAAGAUUUCCAAAAUUGGAUGAGUGUGCACAUUUUCAUUAUGAACAUGUUGAAUUGGGUUCAUUGGAUGUUUCUCUCAGUGAAGGCACAAACGAUUCAGAUAAUUAUGAAGUUAGAGUAACAUCGGGCGAUGCAUGUUGGACAUUACAACGAUCAUAUGAAAAUUUUGUCAUGUUCGAUAAACAUUUACAUCGAUGUAUAUUUGAUAGGAAAUUUUCAUCAUUACCAAAACUUGCUGAUAAUUGGCCUAAAAUAAAUUGUGAAUUAUUAAGAGAAUAUUUAACACGCUUUUCACAAUUAAAUCAUGAGGGCCUAAAUUGUGGACCAGUUUUAAAUUGGUUACAACUUGAUAAUAGAGGACGAAGAAUACUUGUUCCCGAAUCUGAUUCAUGUCCAAUAAAUACACCGGCUGUUGCUGCUGCUUAUGCAAUAAGACCUUAUACAGCACAAGCGCAAGAUGAAAUUUCUUUUCAUGUUGGAGAUAUGAUCUCAGUGAUAGAUAUGCCACCACCGGGUGAGAGUACAUGGUGGCGUGGUAAACAUGGAUUUGCUGUGGGUUUCUUCCCGGCUGAUUGUGUUGCUGUUAUUGGUGACAAAGUUCCUCGUCAUUUGGCCAUUUCAACAACCGUCCGUUCGAAAUUACCAGUGAAACCAGUGUUGAGAAAACAUGGAAAAUUGAUAGCUUUCUUUAGAUCAUUUAUUCUUAAUCGUCCAUCAAGAAGAAGAUUAAAACAAUCCGGUAUUUUAAAGGAACGUGUCUUUGGUUGUGAUUUAGGGGAACAUCUAUUAAAUUCCGGUCACGAUGUGCCAGCUGUUCUUACCUGUUGUGCUGAAUUUAUCGAAACACAUGGAUUAGUCGAUGGAAUUUAUCGUUUGAGUGGCGUGACAUCAAAUAUCCAAAGACUACGACAUGCAUUUGAUGAAGAUCGUGUUCCCGCUUUGCAUUCCGACGAAAGUAUCCGUCAGGAUAUACAUUCUGUAGCCUCAUUAUUGAAAAUGUAUUUUAGAGAGUUGCCAAAUCCAUUGUGUACCUAUCAGCUUUAUUCGACUUUUGUGAAUGCCGUUCAAGCCGAUAGUGAUGCUGAAAGACUGAGAAGAAUGAGGGAUACAGUCAGAAAAUUACCACCACCUCAUUACAGAACAUUAGAAUUUCUCAUGCGACAUUUGGUGAGAGUAGCGGCUAAAGGAAGCGAAACUGGAAUGACACCGCGAAAUGUUGCUAUUGUAUGGGCGCCAAAUCUUUUACGUUGCAAGGAACUUGAAGUUGGUGGUGUGGCGGCACUUCAAGGAGUUGGUGUACAAGCAGUUGUUACAGAAUUUUUAAUAUGUUAUGCUGAAUUAAUAUUUGGUGAUGGUCCAGUUGGUAGGCCUAAAUCAUUAGCAAUCACUACCUCAGCAAGAUUAUUGAGUCUCGAGGAAGCGAGAAAUAGAAAUUUACGAAGUGAAGCCGAAUAUAUUGAAGUUGGAGCGGGUCCUGCUGGAUUACCAACUCAUUAUCAUACAGUCAUUGAUUUACCACCGAGAAAAAGGAACGGUUCAAAAAGAUCACCAUCGUUAAAUUGGCGUGCUCUAUUUGCAAGAAGUUCGGGUACAAAGGGAAAAGCACGACCAGUUGGUACACCACCACAAACGGAAACACCGCCUAAUUUUGUAAAUUCUCUAAGACGUUUGAGAUCGGUGAAAAGUGCUGAUAGUUUAGAUGGUGAGGAUAGUUUGGGACCUCUUUUAGGACCACCACCUUCACGACCUUGUGGUCAUAGUCGAUCAGUUUCGCAUGAUUCUUACUUUGAUCAUCUUGCCGAUGCACCGAAUACAGCCUCGCCUCUUGAUCUGUCGGAAAUACAACUUAAUUUUGAUUUGGAAGAAAGGGAAAUGAGAAUGUUUUCUGAAGAAGAGAGUACUGGAAUUGCUUCGGUUGAAGCAUCGCCUAGAAGACAGAGAAGCGAUGGUCCAUUAUCGGUGGCUGUUAGUGGAGGAUCAAAAAGAAAACGAUCAAGACUUGAAGAGAGACUUCAUUGUGAUGUUGAAUUACGUUUUAUUGAUAGUCAAAGUCCAGAUCAGGUUAUGAUAUCGGCUGAUAUUCAUGGAAUGGAGACGCCAUCACCGUUAACAACUCCUGGUUACUUGCCACUUUUAUCAGAGGAUUCGACACCAUUAACACCAGCUACUUUAUCAAUUUCACCAUUGCCAGCCAACAGUCCUAGAAUAAGUUUUCGAAGUUUUAAUCUACCCUUAGAUCUUGACAACAAUAGUUCCGACAAGCUUAAUAGAAGUAGCACGUCUUCCGACAAGGUAUUCGACACUAGUCAUAGAUUGUCUAUAAAUAUUGACAAUGAAUGCGAGAGUAUGCAAACAUACGAUAGACUUAUUGAAUCAUCUCUCGAGUCUUCCGUGAAUCAAUUUCAAUCAAAUGGUCAAAUAAUUACUGAAUUUUACGAUCAUGAAAUGACACCCUGCGAUAGGUUAGUAAUCUCAUCAUCGAAUAGUGAUCCAUCAACAGAAAUAAGUGAUUCACUAUCACCAAGAGAUGAAGAAAGUAAUAAGCAAAUUGAUUCUGAACAAAAGCCAAAUAGUGAAGAUAGAAGAAGUUCAUCAAAUGAAGAAGAAGAAGAAGAAGAAGAAGCACUUGCCUGUGCAUCAAAUACUCAAGCAAAUGAUGUUAAUGCCACUUUACCAUUGACAGAUUUAGAUUCACCUAUGUCUUGUGAACAAACUUUUGAAGAUUUACCUGAUUCAGGUUUUGUUAUUUGUGAUAGUUCUGAUAAAAUAUUCACAAUUACCGAUACACAACCUUUAGCGAAUGAUUCCGGUGAAUGGGUUAUGGUUGAACGUACAAGUGAAACAAGUCCAAAGGAUUCUUUAGAGGGUACAGUGAAUCCGGCAAUAGCUACUGAAGCUCCACAAUUGCAAUCAAAUUGUGAAAAUUCAAGAACAUCGUUAGAUUUAACAAUGGCAUCAAAUGUCGAUACAGAUACAUCUUGUAUUGGUACAAGUGAUUUAACUGAUAGUCCUGUUCAAGAAUCAAAUGAUAUGUGCGAGGAUGAUAAAUCACUUGAGGAACAAAAAGAUGAAAGAAUAUCUUCUACUUUUUUGACAUGUUCACCGCUUAGAUUAAGAGCGCAAAAAUUUGAAAUAAACCAAAGUGAUAAAUCCAAAAUGGAUCAAGUAGGCAAACUAGAAAAGAGUCUUAAUCAAAAGACAAAAGUUGAAGAGAAAUUGGAGAGCGUUCGAUUAAAUCAAAAACGAUCAACAAUUGAGGAAAAUUCAUUACAAAAAUCAUUGCUACCAAUGGAUAGUGAAAGAAAAAAUGUUUCACAAUUACAAGAGGCUUUUGAAAAGAAUAUUGAAAAAUGUUAUGGCUAUAGUCCAUUGAAACAACGUAAUUAUCAAUAUCGUAUGAAACAUUUGAAUGAUAAACGAAAGCAAGUUCAAAUUCAUAAUAAUGAAGUGAUGAUACCUUCGGAAAAUGCAGCUGAACCUUAUGAAGUUGUUCAUGUACCGGAAGGAGCUUCAGGAACAGCUUCAUUAACUUCUUCAAUAACUUAUUCUAAUGACACAUCACCAGUUGAUGAUUCAGGUAUUUUAAAAGACACUGCAGCUAUUUUACAAGAACUUGCUUUACAACGUUUAUCAGGUGGUAGUGUAGGAGGAGAAUUAUCAACGAGAAAACGUUACGAUUCAGAAGUAACACGAGAUAGAAGAAGUUUUGAUUCUGAAAUAGGACGUGAAAUUGUACGAGAGAGAAAAAUGAGACAAGAAUUGGAUAAUGCGAGGGGAAAAUUUGAAGAAUCAUCAUCAUCCUCAUCAUCGGUAGCAGGUGUUCCACAUUUACCACCAUGUUUACGUGCACGUCAUGCAAGAGCAACAAGAGCGGCAUUAAGUCGUUCUCUUGAUGAGGGGAAAUUUAAUCAAAUGACUGGUGAUAGUUGUUUAUCAAAAAAACAAUCAUACGAUGAUAAUUCACAACACAGUUCUACACCAAAUGUUGGAUCUGAAUCAAUAUUAUCGAUUAAUAAUACCGAUAGAUUGUAUGCAAAAAAUCUUGGUGGUUUAGAUCUUGGCGAUCCACAAUGUCGAGAGAGAAUAGACAAGUACAAAGAGGAGAGAAGAAUGUUUUUAAGAGAUAAAUAUAGAUCGGAAAGUUUUCGGGCGUCCAAAGCUGAGGAUGAUGGUGAGCAAGCGUUGUUGGCUAGAUUAAAGCAACGUGCUUCCAAACCCUCUCUUCAUUGACCAAGUGAUAUUGAUAAGCUUCAUUGCUCUCUUUCGCUUUUAGAAUUUCUUUUUUAAAAAUAUUAUUUUCUUUCAAAAUUUUCACUAAAUAAAUUGAAUAGUGAUUACUUUUUAAUUUACGAGGGAUUUGAGAUAUACACUAUAUUUAAUAUUAUAUUGUACAAUUAUUAUUUAAAUAAGUACUAUUGCUUUUUUUUUUAAUAUGUACAAUAAUUGCGAAUAAUGUAUAUUGCAGUCUCUCAAUUAGAGAAUUUUUUGUACUUUUUAAUUUAAUGACAAUUUUCUCAUUUUCUUGCCUAGUUAAAAUUCAAUUUGUAAUUUAUCUAAUUUUUCGUUUUUAGAUAAUUAAGGAGUUAGGUUUUUUUUUUUUGAAAAAUUCCAAGAUUUCAAUGAAAAAUAAUAUAACUAGAAUGAAAUUUGUCAGUUUAGAGUUAUUUAGAUUAUUUUUAUUUUGAAAUUAUAGGGGUAAAAUUGCCGAAAAUAUAUGCAAUAAAAAAUUUGUUUUUAUCUUAAGACAUUUAAAAA